GUCAACGCCCUUCUUCCCAGUAGAAUAGAAACAAUGCACUUCAACACCGUCUUGACUUCUUUAGCUCUUGCUGCCUCUGCUGUCCUUGCAAAGCCCAUUCUUUCUACUCGUGCUCCCGCAAGCAAUUCAAGCAACGUAAACGAAGAUGGCGUCUAUAUCUCUUGUAACCGUACUGGCGUCUUUGCCAUGACCUUUGAUGAUGGACCAUACCAAUACUCUUGGGAUUUAGCCAAGUAUCUCAAUGAACAAGGUAUCAGAUCAACCUUCUUCAUCAACGGCAACAACUGGGUCAAUGUUGAAUCAGAUACAGUCACCACCUCUGAUGGUGACAAGACUUAUAUGGAAGUCAUUAAGCAUUAUUAUGAUAUGGGUCAUGAAGUUGCUAGCCAUACCUAUGAACACAAAGUACUCACUGGCUUAACUAAAGAAGAAAUUGAAUACCAAAUGAACACCCAAUCAGACAUUAUCUUCAAGGCCAUCGGCAAGAGACCUGCCCUCAUGCGUCCUCCUACUGGUGCAUAUGAUGCUAACUCUUUGGCUGUCUUGAAGGAACUCGGUUAUAGCGUUGUUAACUGGGAUCUUGAUACUAACGACUGGAGAGCCCAUGACUUUGCACAAGAAAAGGCUGCUUAUCAAGAAAUGGACCAGGAUACUCCUCAAACUCUUGGCCACAUCACUCUUGAACACGAAGUCUACAACCAAACUGUUGAUGAGCUCGUUCCUUGGGCCAUCGACUACCUCAAGGCAAAGGGUUAUCAACUCGUCACUGCAUCCGAAUGUGUCGGUGUUGAACCUUACCAAAACUAAUUUAAGUGUUUUUUUGUAUCCGUGUAACAAUAAGUGUAUUAUAUAAUAAAUCAUUGUCUCUGCAUUACCAAGA